AUGACAAAAAGUUUUGAUCCUCCCAAUAAUGACGAAAAAUUAAUAAAAACUAUAGACCAUGAUAAUGCUAAUAAAGGCGGAUUUUUAAAUAAAUUAUCAGCAAUAUCUAAUAGGAAUCCUUUUAAAAAAGGUUCAAAUGAUGAUUACUCUGAUAGUAAUGGAAAAUCAAAAACAUUUGAAGUCACAAGACAAUCAUUAUCAAUAAUGAAAUCUGUAAGUGAUGAUAACGAUUGGAUGGAACAACGUAGAAGUGUCUCGUUAGUUGAUAACCACAAGGCCGUAAAUUCUUUUGGAUCGAGAAAUAACAGUCUACAAAAUAAUUCAUCACAAAGUAGCGACGGGUCAUCACCAGGAAGUCGAUUAGGAACCGGAUUAGGAUUAAGUAGUAACAGUAGUAAUUUUAAAACGAAUAUUGAUAAUAGUGAUAAUAGCAACCAUAAAAAGAAUAAUAGCAGUAGCAGUAAUGUUAGUCAUGGUAAUAGAAGUAACAUCGGCGAUAAACCAAAUAAUCCAAUAAUGGUCAUCAGACAUAUUUUCCAUAUAAUCACACAAAUCAUCUUAUUAUUAGGAGCAAUUUACAUAGCAUAUUAUUUGGGAGCAACAAAAAUGUUAAGCAGAGUGUAUUGUAUAAUUUUUAUCGCGCUCGUCGUAUUUGUUUAUUUGGUUUGGUUAUUCGCUGCUUGGUUAGGAUAUCCAAAAGAUAGAGGAUCAUUGCUAGUAUCAUUUGCUGCUAAAUAUUGUGGUGGUAGAGACAAUUACUUACCAUAUUCUAAUGAAGGUGACGAAAGUGAUGGCGAGGGAAAAAAGGAAAUUACAGCUGUUUCUCCUACUCCUCUAAAUAUAAAGAAUGUAAAUAAUGGCAAUAAUGAUGUUGAUGAAGAUGCUGAACAAGACAUGAGGGAUAGAGAAGUUGUUGUCAUGACAAUACCAAAAAGAAGAUUAGCUGUUGUCAAUGUCUAG